CAAGAGAUAUUUCGGAGGAGAUCUAUUUCUUUGUGCUGCUCUCUUCCCGCGGGCAGGAGAUCGUGCGGGUCGUGUGGCGCGGGCGUCUGGGGGCAUUCACCUAUCGGUUGGAAUUGGAGGUUUGAAUCUUGGUGGCUCUCGGUUGCAUCAAAUUUGGGCCAUAUCAUCCGAGCAUAAGUUGCCGGAGACGGAAGAACGCCUUGGUGUCGUCCGCAGUGAAGGACCUACUGGCGGUCAGGUCGAGUCGGCGGUGGGGACGGGAGGGGGUUCGUUUCCCCCGUCUCAGGUUGUGGCGGGUGCUAUUGCGGCGGCCGCGAGGGCUGCUGCCAGUGGCGUGGAUUCACCAGCAGGUGACGUGGCUUCAACAACGCAAUCAUCCGCAGAUGUUGGUGCUGCUGAGAGCGGUGGGUUUCCGACUCAGGGUCACGCUCGGGCCUUGGCUUCCGGCGGUGACCGCCAGCCGGAGCUCCGGCGUGCGGAUGACCAAGUCCAGGCCCACGUCAUGUCGCGUUUGGCCCAUAUGUCGGUGGGUGCUGCCGGGGGGGGGGAGCCCAGCGAGGGCACCCCGCUCGCGUCUGAGAAUGCGGAAAAAAAACGCUCGUCUCGAACAAGGCCAGACGAACAUUGUGGCGCAGCUUACUGAGAUCGCUGGGUUGCUGAAGAACGUCCGGUCGGAGUCGGGGCAGGAUGGGGGUCGUGGGCCCGGGGGGUCGAGAGGCCUCGGUCUGGUGCCGGUGUUUUCGCCGUGGGGCGGGGGCGCGGGCGGGGGGGCGAGUGCGCCCGCGAGGUCCAACGCCAAAGAGGAGGCGAGGAGGGAGGCCACCAUUCGGCAGGCCAAAAAUGAUCAAACACUCUGGGUACUCCGGGGGCAGCGGGGGCCGGAGCCCGGGCCACAGAAGGAUGACCUACAGGGUUUGAUGGGCGAUAUCGUUCACGUCACGGGCGACGUCCUCGCUCAGAUGCGUGCGUUUUCGUCUUUCAACGUCAAGAGCUUCCGGCCCGUGGGGGGUUGCGCGCACGUCGUCUAUUGCAGACAACUUUGACCUGAUGUGUGAGGCGGUGAUGCGGCUGUUGAAGUUUGGUCUAAAUUCGUCCACAACCGCGUUGCGGCGGUUGGAACCCAUAGCCACAGCCAUGGCGGACGCGCGCUCCAGGUUUCGGACUACUCUCGUGCGGAAUAGUGACGUGUUUCCGGACGAGUACCAGCGGGCGGCACUGCCAAGGUUGCCGAACGAGGACUUCAAAUUGUGGACAACGGCGAUCAUCACCUGGAUGUACCCCUUCACGAAGAUGCAUUAUCCGCCGGAUGCGUUCGACGGCCACACCGUGCCGCCGGUGCCCAAGUUUCCCAACAUCAACAACUUCUGUGAACGGGGGGUGAACCUAUUCCCGCUGGUCCUGAGUGACGGAGGAUCCCUCCCCGGAACAGGAGAGUCGCGGGGCGGGAGCGGCAAGCGUAAGGCGGGCCAACUGGAUCGGGGUGAUUCAUCGUCACGGAGGCGUGUCACAAGGGAGUGCUUCCAGUUCCGCGACUCUGGCACGUGCUCUUUCGGCGACAAAUGCAGGUUUGAGCACGUCAAGCACCGAGAUUCGUUAAGUACAGGAAGUGGCGGUGGUGGGGGCGGGAAUCGCGGUGGCGGGGGGCGCUCGUCGGCUGGUGAUCGUGGAGUUAGGCCCGACGGAGCGCGAGUUGUGCUCCACCGUGCUGGCUUCGAGCUCGUCCGGCACGCACUUGCGCCGUCGUCUGAACGAACUUACCUGGGGUUUUUUGGAGCGUGGGUGAAGUUUCGAGAGGACUUUGUGGGGAAACCGGCGUUUAUGGUGCCGUCGUCGCCAUCGCCGGACAUUGUUUCGCAAUUGUUGGAGUACGUGGCAUACGCGUUCACAGUGUUGGGCUUGAGGCAGACGACGAUAACUGGUCAUUUGUCUGCUGUUAAAUGUUUUCCCCGCUUGUCGUAUGCGAUGGAAGUUGAUACAUGUCAUUCUUUGAUCAAGCAAGCGCUCAAAGGGGUGGCGCGAGGGCAUGCGGGUGUUGGUGCGCAGCAACGGGUGCGACGUCCGGUGUCGUGGUCGAUGCUGAAGGAAGGGGGGCGUCUGGUGCCACAGUGGGGCACGGGUGGGCGCGUGUUGUUUCUGGCGUUGAGUGCGUCAUUUUUUUUCUUGAUGCGGGCAUGCGAAAUGUUCGCUGUGUCCUCGUUGGCCAUGGAUUCUUGUCAUGGGUUGCGUCGGGGGGACGUGGCGUUUUUUUUGGGUUCUCGCCAGUUGCCUCCUGAACGGAGGGGAGACCGACACAGUCGAGGUGCGGUUUCGGUCGUCGAAAGGCGACCAGUUUCGCAAGGGUGCCGUGUGUACGCGGGCGAGGCCGGGGCCUCCCCAGUCUGUGGAGGUUGGUGGGGAUGCAGUCGAUGUGAUGAUUGAACUCCUGUCAUGUUACCCUGUUCUCCCUUCGUCUGCUCCGUUAGUCGCGUUCCGAACCGGGGAGGGGCGAUGGUCCGUGUGGACUCGUCGUUACGCGACGGAAGCGCUGCGGCAAGUCGUGUCGCUAGCGGGUCUGCCGUCGUCAGAGUACGCGUUGCAUUCCCUUCGGAUUGGGGGCGCCACGUACUUGGCAGCGGGGGGAGCGUCGCCAGAAGUUCUGAGACGAGAGGGAAGAUGGACUGGGGAAUCGGCGUAUCGGCCGUACGUAAGGAACCAUGGAAAAGAUGCAGAGUGGGUUUCUAGUACCUUGGCGGCGGAGGGUGAUACAGAGAGACAACCGGGACAGGGUACAGAGUGGGGUGAGGUAGUCCCUGAGGCUGGUGAGGGCGAGCCGUAAAAGGAGGGGGUGGAGUGUAUGUGAUCAGGGUUGAUUGGUCGGUACAAGAGUGGGAACCACGGUAGGGGGGGAGAGAGAGUACAGAUCAGUAUGGUAAACCAGUCCGCGGUUAGGUUGGGGGCAGGCAUGACUUUGAGAGUAUGCCUGAUGGUGCGGUGACUGGUUAGUGCUGAUGGUGUUGUGGACGGGGAUAGGUUGAGAUUCCCGAGAUCCGCUCUUCUCUCCCCCCCCUGUUCAAGCGUGGGGGGGUACGACCAAUUAAUGCAAUUUCGAAAGCAACGAACAAAGCAGAAUAUUGCAGAGACAGAGAGAGGCGUUGAAAUCUGAGUUUUGUGAGGAGCGUAAGAUGAAAUAUCUGUUGGCCAAUCAGAGAGCAGCAGCAUGGAGUCAGCAUGAAGUGUCUGAAGCCUGACCAGAAGAGUAGACUUGAGAGCACUUGUUGGUCUGCCCCAAGGAAGCACGAGGGAGGCUGCUGCAGCCAAGAGAUAUUUCGGAGGAGAUCUAUUUCUUUCCCACCCACCCACCCACCCUUUUGCUUUUGG